AUGAACUGGCUGCAAUCACUCGCGGGACACGGCUCAAACAAGACCGAGGAGACUGCCAAGUCCAAACUUCAAAGAUCAGGGAUCGUUGGUGAGGAUGAGCUAGGAGAACUGUUCGAAUGGGGUAGGCAGGCCGCCACUGAUAUCUCCCACUUCAGGGACUCGCUGAACGAGACGAUCAAUGAGAGGAACUGCCGUGUUGGGGAGCUUGAAGGAGAGAAAGAGACUCUCUACCAGCAGAUCACAGGUCUCUCGGAUCAACUUGACAGCAGAAAUGCCGAGUUGGAACAGACUACAAGAAGGCUAGAGGCCAAACAGGCAGAGAUGGAUCACGCUGUGCGGAAGCAUUACGAGCAAGUCGACAAUCUCGUUCUCGACCACUCCCGCGACCUUGACAUUCUGGAGACCAGGCUGAACAAUGAGAAGCGGAAUCUACAGGCACAACUGCUGGUAUCGGGCGACAAGAGCCAGGCCUGGCCCGAUGAGAAGCUGCGAACACAGUUCCGCGAGCUUUGUCGCAUCGUCGACAAUGCCACGGCGACUAUUGCGACAACAGUCGAUAUCUCCUCUCAAGUGCUGGGCAAUCGUCUUGAUCCGGAUAACUCGCUGAGUCUGGUGAAGGGGAGGCCGCAUUUCUGGCUCAGGUGGCGAGUCUGGUCAGUCCUCCAGGCGGGAUUCUUUUCUCUUCCAUUCGGAUUUGGCGCUUUCGGGCCCGACAGGGGGGCAGCUGAGAUUACAGCGUUGUGCUGCGCAUGGAGGAGCAGACUUGAUGGCUCGACAGACUCUGACCUGGAUAUCUUCAACAGCAACGAGGUUGCAAAUCGCUGGCGUUCAAUUACCUUUCAGACGCUGGCUGCUGCUGCGACGGAUGGAGGCUCUGGGAGCCUUAUCCAGCUGGGUCACAACAACGUUACCAAUGUGACGGAUCAGAUCAUUUCCCUACUCUCGGUCAUCGCAGGCACUCAGCUACAGAGCGGACUGCAGGGCGAAAUGCGCACAGCAGCAGGCCUAGCCUAUGAGCUGGCGCUGCAGUUUGGCGUCAAUCCUGCUAGGCUAGUGCUGCUGACCGCGGAACGCAGCCAGAUGGUGGUGAUCGGCGGGAGCAAUGGCUUCAUCGACUGCGAGGACGGAGAGGAGAGGAGGGGUCAGAAAGUCCAGGUGGUCAUGGUGGCGUCUCCAGGGCUACAGCGGAUUGGUGAUGGGCGGUCAGAGACAACGCAGAAGCACACAGUUGUGCCGUACACAAUAUGCACUUUGCGGCUGAGCUGCAACAAGGUCAUGCUGCAUAAUCAGCGCGGGGAUUUCAAGGCUAAGCAGCCGGUCAGGAUAGAGUCUAGCAGAAAAAGCAAAGACAACCCGACAAAAUUCAAAGUAGAUGCAGUAAUCGGGGGACCCAGAGAGGAGGCAGACAGUCUCCUUGCUCUGUCUGAGACGUCACGUUCAAGAGACAUGAAGGGUCUCUGGUAUGUCCCCACGCGAGGCAUCAAGCCGGGUAUUGGGGUUGUUGUCUGGCUUUGGCUAGUUACGACUUUGAUCACCAUUAUCACCAUCUGCUCCAUUAGGAGCGUGCCCUCUUCUUGGAGAAUUACGCGGUUGCUUCAUGCAGGAAUGGCGUUUCUUUCCUUAUACUUGCUCCUCCACUGCCUUGAUCUCACUGUCCAGCAAGCAGGGACUGCGGUGACGUACAACUACAUCGUUUUUCAGAGCCUGAAUACUGUCUGGAGAACAUUCUCUGAUGUUUUCUUGUUAUGCGGUUGCUGGUUGAACAUCCUCCGACAUCAGACACCAAAGGUUGCCGUCUCGAGGUGUGACAUGAUCAUUGCUGGCACUCUCUGGGUAUUGGGCUUGUAUAAGCUGGGUCUUCAGUUUGCCCUAUGCUUCGCCUGGCUCGAUUUCGUCGACAUCAAAAAAAAUAGAUUCCAUAGCAGCAGCUCGAAAAUUUGCCUGUUUUCCCUGACAGAUCUAGAUCACCAGCUAACUCCAGUGAUUCAGGAAUCUCAUAUGGCUGGAUGGGCCUCUUACUGCCUUUUGGUACGAGCAUUUUGCGAAGUCGUUAUUGUCGGUCAACUUGAUCGGGCACCAAAAGCACUUCUGAAAAUCUACAGAGCCCAAGACGUUUGCUACAGUCUGUUCAGCCUCCUUUUUGUGAUUUUCACUGCGGGCUCUAUCCCAAGUGGCUCCGACAACGAUCCGGAUCCAUGGGAGUUGGAAAGUAAGAUUUCUGCGCGUUUGGCAGAGGAACAGAGAAAAUUAGAUGAAGCCCUCCAAGUCACUCUGCAGAACUCUCUCGAUGGCUGGCCUGAGGAAGCAGACAGGCUGUUCAAAGAGAAACUUGCAGCUGUGACCGAGUCUGGGACAAAAUCAGCCCCUGUGGUCUCAAUUGUUCUUGACACUCUCCGUGACCAGGUUCGACAAGAAGGGUCGGACGAGAGGCUGCGACAGGGAAAGCUGGACCACUUGGAAAGAAUGGGGCAAGAUCUCGAGGAUUGGGUUCCUGUGUACAAAUGGGAUGGGCAUUCCAGCGACGAUUAG